AUGGGAACGAAAGAGAUAUGCAAGUACUACCUCCACGGCGCGUGCCGCAACGGCGCCGGGUGCCGGUUCUCGCACAGCAUGGACGCGCCCAAGUCGACGGUGUGCGCGUAUUACCUCGCGGGGAACUGCGCGUACGGGGACAAGUGCCGAUACGACCACGUCCGCCCGCCGAAGGUGCGAAGACGCGCGUUCGCUCGUUUCUGCGCCCUCGAGCGGAACCGCCGCAGCAGCACGGCGGCGGGGGCGGCGGCGCGGAUGACGAGUGGGGGUACUACGACGACGCGGGUAGGUCCCUCGGUGGUCGCGUUCGCACGCUCGCUCCGUCCGUUAUCUUUCCUUCUGUCGACCGACGACAAGAUACUAAUCCGCUCGUCUAACUAUACGAUUGAUUCCUUUCACGACGGCGACGCGCGCGGCGAGCGCGACGUCGUCGUCGUUCGGUCCCUUCUCCGACGUAGCCGUCGUUGUCGUCAUUGUUGUAAUCAUAAUUUCAGACGCUCCCGCGCUCACGAAUCCGCCUCCUCCCGCGCGACGCGCGAGGACGAAGCCAGAGCGGCGGCGAGCGCGGAGGUCGAGUGCGGCAUCUGCCUCGAGGUCGUGCACGAAAAGCCGCGCAUCGGCGACCGACGGUUCGGGCUCCUCUCCGGGUGCGACCACGCGUUUUGCCUCGCGUGCAUCCGCGACUGGAGAGAUGGCGGCGUCGCGGGUAAAGACGCGGCGACGGCGUCCGCGUUGGAUCAGGCGAGGAAGUGUCCGAUCUGCCGCGCGCAGUCGCAUUACACGGUGCCGUCGACGUAUUGGCCUCGGGACGAGAUCGACAAGGCGAUGAUCGUCGGCGAGUACAAGCGGCGGAUGGACAAGAUACCGUGUCGUAAUUUCGACUACGGCGACGGGCACUGCCCGUUCGGGAGCUCGUGUUUUUACGCGCACUUGCUGAGGGACGGCUCGCGCGCGAGCGAGGAUGUUCGCAAGACGACCGACGCGGAGGGGAAUCUGAACAUCGUCGGCGGGAUUCGCCUGAGCGACUUUCUGGAUACGAGCGCGGGUCGAAGAGCGUUGCGUUGA